AUGAUGUCCAAUGACAAAUACAAAAGUGUGGAGCAUCGAGUGUUAGCCAACCCCCAUCGUGAGCCACGUGUCUCAAUUCCAGUUUUCUUCACUUCAAGCAAGACAGAGGACUCGUAUGAACCAUUGCCAGAACUGGUGUCCUCGAAAAAGCCAGCUAUUUAUCAGAAAUUCACAAUCUUAGACUUCAUGAGCAAAUACUACUCAGAGGAGUUGCAGGGCAAGUCUACAGUGGAAUGGUGGGAUUGCGCAAGCAUCCCCAACUGUCUCCCCCUUGACAAUGAGACACUCGGAUUCACAGUAGAGGCUGAGGAGAUAACGGCUUUAGAGUGGAAUGGUGGGAUUGCGCAAGCAUCCCCAACUGUCUCCACAGUGGAAUGGUGGGAUUGCGCAAGCAUCCCCAACUGUCUCCCCCUUGACAAUGAGACACUCGGAUUCACAGUAGAGGCUGAGGAGAUAACGGCUUUAGAGGUGCCUCAUCAUUGUACAACCCAGAUUAGGUACAACUGUAUUUGUCGUCGAUCCUCUUCAAAAUAA